AUGGAAUCUGCCUGGCUAGAGGUGUUCGUGGACGUUCCGGAGGGUCAUAACCGUUGUAGAGAGGAUGACCAGGUGAUCUGCGAGGACAAUGCCACUUGGAUUUGCAAUGUGCAAAAAUGCGAUGGGAUUCCGGAUUGCCCCGGCGGGGAUGACGAGUUCGGGUGCCCUACACGCGACACCCAAUUUACAGGUGCGACAUUCGACGCGACAGCAACCGAACUGAAACCAUAUCGGUUUGAGCUGCUAGUCAAUCAACAGUACACCGUUUCACUGUCGGACCAAGAAAGCUCGGAAUUUCGUCGCUUGGCCGACGAAAUGGAGUCAUCUCUUCAAGAUCUUCUCUUCUCCCUUCCUGGGAAGGCCAUCUGUACUCUUCGCAGGAUCGAGAAUGUGGUGGAUGUGUCGAGCAAGGAUUAUUGUCGUGCGACGAUUGAUAUUCUGACGGGAGCGGAUAAGGAGUCCCUGAGGCGAUCGAUCAGACGCAUUUCUAGUGCCGGCGUUGUCGGUAGGUACAAUGUUAAAGAGGAAAGAACUGGACUCAACCUCAGAGACAUUCAAGUGUCACUCAUAAGCUGUGGGAAUGACUUUGUCUGCGAUACGGGAGAAUGCGUGUCGUCGAAACUCCGAUGCAACGACGCGGCGGACUGCAUCGAUGGCAGCGAUGAAUUUGGCUGUAGUAUUCCGGGAUGCAGUGAGGAUGAAUUCCAAUGCAAUACGGGGGAUUGCAUCUUGACGAAGUUCAAGUGCGACUCCUACGAUGACUGCCCCGAUGGCUCCGACGAAAGAGGAUGCCCGUGCCUCGAGGAUCAGUUCGCGUGCAAGGACGGGAUGUGCAUCGACGAGCGGCGACGCUGCGACCGAGUCGUCGAUUGCCCCGAUGGGUCGGAUGAACUCGGGUGCCCUGGGUGCCGAGAGGAGGAAUUCACGUGCAAUGAUAAGACGUGCAUCGAUGCCAAGGGCCGGUGUGACGCUGUUCUGAACUGCCCAGACCUAUCUGAUGAGAUCGGAUGCCCGUGUCGAGAGGACGAGUUCGCGUGCAGGGACGGGACGUGCAUCGACGAGAGUAAGCAGUGCGACUGGACGAGAGACUGUCUCGACGCGUCGGAUGAAGCGGACUGCCCUCUGAUGGCUUGCGGAGCCGGCAACUUCAGAUGCACCGAUGGGACGUGCAUCGAUUCGAGCCUGCGCUGUAACGGGAAUCGAGACUGCGUCGAGGGAUCGGACGAGAUCGAUUGCUAUUGCCGUGAGGGUGAGUUCGAAUGCGAAGACGGGAUGUGUAUCGACGGGCGACUACGCUGCGACAGAAACCGGGACUGUCUCGAUGGCUCGGACGAGAUCUUAUGCCCGGUCAGCCUCUCGAGUCGAAAGAGCUCAGCUCUCCCGACUCUCGCGAGGCCGAGCCACGCAAGGCCGGAGUUUGACCGCGGGGUCAAACUCCGGCGUUUCUCCGGCGGGGUGAGAGGAACCCGAGCCGCCGACUUGAGUCGGCGGCUCAACUUCGUUGCUUCUUCUCUGUCGUGGAUUUCGGGUGUGCCGUCGCCUCCUGUCGGAUCGUGA